GAGUGCGGAGGCGGCAUCACUGCUCAACUACUUCUACGACAUCGACUGGUUGGCAACCCAUACGCCCGUACACCAACAGACCACCGCAUCCGCUCCCAUCGAGUGUCUAAAAAUAGAACACCAGCAGAACACCCACACACCACCCUCCCCUAGCCCACAAGCACCAGACAGCACACAGCCACAUGCACACAGUAACCACCACACAACGACGAUGCAUUCCAACCACUCAGCACCUGUGCGGAUGAUGGUCACAGGGAAAGGCAGGGGGGUCGAUACAGACACAGCCAUGGCACGCACACAGUCACACCUGCACACACCGUCCCUGGCAGACGAACACACGGACACACACACACACACACGCGCGCGCGCUUCGAGUGGGUCGGUCGUUAGCUUUGCGUUGAGAGGGUCAAGUCUCAUACGUGACAUGGGCAACACCAUCAGUGGGGGAGGGCAUGGACAGCCACAACACGCGUACGAAGAGCCACGGGCACACAACAUCGCGCUUAUAACCGAAAGCCUCAGUGCCGGGAGUCUGGAUACGGCCUGGGGAGGGGAGGGUGUAGGUAGGAUGUCCCAGAAUCAAACCGGGACGGUGGCGACUGGGAAGGACGAGGAAGUGCAGGUCAGAAGAGAGUCACUGGCGUCGCCUUUGAUCGACAGGUUUAUGCGUCUGUCACCGUGGAGCUGGCGCGAGGAGCAGGAGCAGACUAAUAUGGAAGUUGCUAGAAAUAGAAAUGAAGUGGACCCUAAUAAUAGCACGGGUGACGGGGCCCAAAACCUGGAAAACACGACAGUCGAGGAUGGAGCUUUGCCCCGGGAUCAAAGGGAUCAGGAAAGUCUACUCGCUACUCAAAACCAAGUAGACCCAUGCACAGCAGACGAAGGCGACUGUACACAUAGAGACAGACAGGGUGAAUACAAUGAUAGGGACAUACAACCACGCACACAAUACGCACCACACACACAACACGAACCACACACACAACACGAACCACACACACAAGACAAACCACACACACCACAGACGACGGAGAAGAAUAGAGGCACGACCACACAGAGGGAUAGGGGGGUAGACGGGGGGUGUGGUGUAGUAAAUGAUCAGGGCGAGCAGACAGACGACACGUGUGAAGCGCAGAAUGCCAACGAGCACCCACACACACACACGGAGAGUGUAGCACCGCCGGAGACGAUGGGAAAACCGACUGAGUGACCGGCCUGUCCCCGGAGACGGUCCAAUAACUGUGAAAGAGGACAACAUGGCCCGAAGUACGGACACAGACGAAACCAAUGGGAUAACCGAGCUACCAUCUACAGACAAGGACAGGACCGCACCUGGGCAGGAGGGAUGACAAGUGGUGGUGCGGCCAACGGUCACCUGUCACUGACGAGGGAGGCGCACGUGACAGGGAAGGUAUGGCAAUAACCCAACCAAGGAACACUGAACCUGAAGGAGCAGCCCAGCAGACAGCUGUCAAGAAGGACGACAUGACACCUGUCAGUGAAGAUGACGUGACAGCUGUCAAUGAAAAUGACGUGUCAUCUGUCAAUGAAAAUCGGCGGCCAGGGAGGUCACAGACAGCAACUCUAACCCAAACAACAUAGAGCCAAAGUAAACCACUACUAAAACCCUAAAAGCUAAAACCACAGAGCCAAAGUAAACUAUUGCUUAACCCCUACACUAUAAAAGCAAAC